CACCGUUGUUUCAAGCCAGGCUGCGAGUGAAAGCACUCCCGCCAUCCCGCUGAUGAUAACAAGCAUGGGGUUGACUUUCACCCCGACCUCCUCGAUGGGAUCGCUUGGGAUGAUCCCAAUCAUGUCGACCCCUACUCUGAUGCCAACGACGACAAUGUUCUCAGGCUCGAUAACAACGCCUGGUGGGGCAUUCACGCCAUACCCAUCAAACUGGGCUCAAUUUGCUGCUGACCCGGCAAAUGCUCAAGCUCUGCAGGGCUAUCAACAGGUGAUGGCCAUGAUGCAACAGGCAGGAGGCUUCAUGCCGUUUGCCUAUCCUGAGCAAGAGGCAGCCCGCAGAAGGAAGGGUAAAGCAAUAGCUAAGCUCAGCAAAACUCGGGAUUUAGCGUUCAAACGCCUAGGGGACAAAGAGGAUGGACCCCACAAGUCUGCCAAGCUACGUAUUGGUCCUGAGAUGGGCCAGACUAGCGCGAUGGAAAGGCUUGGUGGGAGUCGUCCCGCCUUAUCACGUCGUUCUAGGGAAUCUGAGACGAUUCGCCUGGACGAGGAAGAGGCCGAAAGUCAGCCCAGGGCGUCGGCGUACACCAGGCUCUCAUAUGAUGAGGAUGACCUGGACAAAAUAGGGAGUGUAGCAAGAAAGCUACGUGCUCUCGAGGAAAAAGUAGAAGAGAAGGCGGGAGCAAAGAAGCAUACCUUGGCAAAAUCACCCUUUUCGGCUAGGGUACAUGCACACAAAUUAAGGCGAAAGAUCAAGUUGGACGUGGAGAAAUUCACAGGAAAGGAGGAUCCUAACGUCCACCUUGACACCUUCCAUAAUGCAGCGCAAAUGGUCGGGUGUACCGAUGCUGAGUGCCUACUCUUCUUCUUGUCCUUGAGAGGGAGGCAAGUGGAAUGGUUUAACAGACUUCCUCAUGGUAAAAUCAGGUCGUUCGAAAAACUCGCUGAAAUUUUCCGCAAGAAGUACCAGGACAACUGCACCAAAAGGAAGAAGUUCACCUACCUUAACACGGUAGGGCAGAGGGAGAAGGAGUCCUUGACUCAAUUCCUAACCCGUUGGAGAGACGAGGUUGAUAAGGUAGAAGAAAUGGAUGAUAAGACGGCCAUGUCUUUACUGAUGAAUGCCUUCAGGUCAGGGGACCUCUACACCGAAUUCUAUAGGAGGCCACCCUCUUUUUAUCAGGAAGCCUACAAUACGGCAUGGGAGUAUGCCGAUGCGGAGGUCCUGAACAAAAGCAAGCGUGAACUGAAGGAAGGUUAUACGAGGGUAAAAACCGAUAAGCCGAAGAAGGACGACCAUAUGGGAGGGUCCAAGCCAAGAGCCACAUAUGGUGGGAUGGUCCAUCAAAUAAGGGAUGAGAAGAAAAGAGAACCCAAGAGCGAUGGGAAGAACUUCCCAUCAAUGGGUAUGGGGUCCCUCAGCCCAACCAACUUCCAGAACCAUGCCAAACAGCGAUGGGAAGUUCUACCCAUCGCUGUUAAAGCCUUGGUCCAACAUCAACACAAGGCAGAACGACCUUACCCAGCGAUGGGGAACUUAUCCCAUCGAUGGGAACCCAGCGAUGGUAAGGCUAAACCAUCGAUGGGAAGGCAUGACCGUUGGAAGUCAUUUAAGGUAGACAAGGGUGAGGAGAAGGCUAGGAUCGAGUCAGAUGCAAACACAGAGGAGAUCCAGAUCGAUACCUCUUACUCUAAGAGGAAGGUCAGAAUAGGGGCUGAUCUUCAAGAGGAACUAAGGACUGAGAUUGUCCAGGUGUUGACCAGGUAUAAAUCUUUAUUUGCCUGGAGUGUUGCUGAUAUGCCCGGGAUUGACCGGUCAGUCAUUUGCCAUUGUCUCUCUAUUCUUGAGGGGUCUAGGCCCGUAAGACAGAAGAAGAGAUUCUUGGCAAGUGAACGGAGGGACUUCGUGAAGAAGGAGGUCAAAGACCUACUUAAAUGGGAUGAUGAAUGUGCUAGGGCAUUCGAAGAGCUAAAGACGUACCUGACUUCGGACAUUGUCCUGUCCAAGCCGGAAACAAAGGAGACACUCUACCUCUACUUGGGGGUGACUCAGAUGGCCGUUAGCUCAGUCUUGAUGAGGGAUGACGGGGUCCAGAGGCCCAUCUACUAUGUAAGCAAGGCUUUAAAUGGGGCAGAAAGUAGGUCUGCGACAUACUACCAUCUAGUUUCCAAUGUCAUCCGAUUCGCAAGGUUUGGGAUGGAUAUCAUUGGGGCCUUUCCUCAGGCUCAAGGAGGAAAGAAGUAUGUAAUGGUUGCCAUAGACUAUUUCACAAAGUGGGUAGAGGCUGAAGCAUAUGCAACCAUCACAACCAAACAAUGCCAGCGCUUCGUAUGGAAGAACAUCAUCACUCGGUUCGGGUCCUCGCGAAACAUUGUGACCGAUAACGGGCCUCAAUUUCGGAAUCUGGGGUUCACAAAAUACUUGGAGGACUUCGGGAUUACUCACAACAAGGCUUCCAUAGCCUACCCACAAGGGAAUGGCCAGGUGGAAAGUGCGAAUCGCACGAUAGUCGAUGGUAUCAAGAAGCGAUUGGGAGAGGCCAGAACGAAUUGGUUGGAAGAAUUGCCACAUAUUAUCUGGGCAUACCGGGUCACUUCGAGAAGGGCCACAGGAGAGACGCCCUUCGUCCUUACCUAUCCUAACCUAUUCUAAGGGGAAAGGGAAGAUGGAUCCUCUUGAAGUCAUAAUAAAGGUAAUUAAAAUUU